UACACCAUAUCCAUUAUAGCUACAUCUACAUACCUUUUCAGUGAUGCCACCACAUUUGAAAUCACACUAAUCCCAGCUCCAGGGCAGGUGUUUGUGUCAGUGAGCUCCAUAACAGCCACCUCUGUCUCCCUCUCCUGGAGUGCGUCCAGUGAGAGGGUGGCCAGUUGGGAGGUGGUCUGGAGACCCACUGACAGAGGUACUGAGAGCACCAGUGGUUCUCUGUCUGGCACUGCCUACACCAUCCACCAGUUGGACCCCUCCACUAUCUACACACUCACUGUUAGAGCCACUAAUGUAGCUGGAACCACUGACAGCACUCCCAUCCUUUUCUCCACUGGUGCAACUGAUGUUUUCCAGGGAGAGAGUUCAAGCUCUGAGACAGACACCUCGGCCAUUAUUGGUGGAGUAGUGGCUGUGGCCUUUAUGAUCACUACUUCACUGACAGUCAUAGCCAUAGUGAUUCUAGUGUUGAGAAGCUGCAGAGGGAUUUCAACUGCAAGAACACAAGGUACAGGCAGAGCUACAAAUCAAUCAUUGGAGCUCUCAGAGGCAACGUAUUAUGCGUGAGUCUCCCCAAACGAACAACUAGUUGAUGUUACACCAUUGUAAUUCUACCUAACCAGGGAUCCAGACCAGCUCAAGACCAACGAGGCCUACAAUGUAGUGAGAGGGACAGCUGAAGGUGAAUAUUAUGAGGUACCACGAUACCCUCCAACCACCUCCCCCCAGCCUACUACUGCUGGACCUAUGUAACAGUGGACAUGUCUCGUGCAUGAACAGAGCCACCAUACUGAAUUAAUUUUGCUGUAUGGUAAAGCGUCUGAAUGUCAAUGUUGUGUUAUACAGUA